CAUAUUACAUUUAACACGUGCAUAUUAAUUUUAACACACAUAACUAAAUAGCUCAUAAAGAAGAGGGCGUUUAAUUAGUUAGCCAAAGUACAAUUGACUCUUUCCUCACUGUAUAAGUGCACUAUUUGUUGUAUGAAACAAGGAGCUUCUGCACUCUAAGUAGUGCACUACAUAUCCAGUGAUGUGUCGUUUAGAACACAGCCAUACAGCUGCGUCUGUAUAACUGCAGAUGUUAUUCUAACCUGGGGGACAGACUGCUUACAUCUGCCUUGCUUUCAUCCUCAGGUUUUUAGCAUUCCUGCACUAUGAGCAGUGAUCAGGAUGCAGCUGAAGAUGAGCCUCCAUCACUGCUGUGGGGACUGGACCCUGUGUUUUCUGCCUACGCCAGGCUUUAUGUUAAAGACCUCCUGCAGAUGAGAGAGUCUCGACAAGUGCCAGGAGUCUACUUCUAUAAAAGUCACCCGCUGUACCAGGUGGAUGUACUGGGCACUGUGGUGUACAGACGGGAGAGAGAUGACUUUUAUUGCUAUGGAGUGGAUGAUGGUACCGGAGUCAUCAGCUGCCUCUGCUGGAAGGAAGAGAAAUGGCAAAAUCAUGGAGACUCGGGAAAAACUGCUGGGGGUCCUGCUGGAGGUGGAUUUAACAUAGAGGAACAGUUGAGGAAGCUCCAGGAGGCACAGAGGAGCAGCACAGUGCUGGAGAUUGGAGAUCUCCUUCGAGUACGUGGUUGCCUUAAAACCUCACGUGAGCAGAGAGAGAUCCAGACUUCCUUGUUUUAUAAAGUGAAUGAUCCUGUGAUGAGUGUGCAGAUCUCCUGGAUGUUGGAGAUGCCUCAGCUCUACAGAGACUGCUAUGACAAACCAUUCCAUAUCCCAUCCAAUGAGCUUAGUGCAGGCUCUACAGAACUCUCAGGUUUCCAGUCCGUCCUGUGUCAGUCGGUUCCCAUCUUGAAGGAGUUCCUAAAAGAGAAGGAGGUGAUCAGGUUUCGUCCUUAUGAUGUCGAGUAUCUCUUACACCCGCUGUUCCAACAGCCUGCUCCAAGCACGUCAGCGCAACAGGAGCUUGAUUCUGUUCAGUCGAUAAUCCCGGCCCAGAUCAGGAACCUCCUUAAAGAGACCCUGAAGAUUUUGCAGGAGGAGGGAGAGAUAUUCCGCAAAGUCCUGUCUCAGGAUGAGGUGUACAAUGUAACUGAACACGACAAAGAUCUGCUCGCGGCGAUUUGUGACAUCCUCAGAGAGGACUGCAAAAGAGAGAAAUGGGUUGGACUCGGCCCCUUAGUUCCAGUGAAAGGAACGCUUCAGCAUACCAAGAUAUUUUGGACAAUUUCAUGCUCCCAACUUUGUGGGAACAGUUUGGGGAUGACCCCUUCCUGUUCCAACAUGACUGUACACCAGUGCACAAAGCAAGGUCCAUAAAGACAUGGAUGAGUGAGUUUGGUGUGGAGGAACUUCACAGAGUCCUGACCUCAACCUGACAGAACACCUUUGGGAUGAAUUAGAGCGGAGACUGUGAGCCAGACCUUCUCGUCCAACAUCAGUGCCUGACCUCACAAAUGCACUUCUAGAGGAAUGGUCAAAAAUUCCCAUAAACACACUCCUAAACCUUGUGGAAAUCCUUCCCAGAGGAGUUGAAGCUUACAGAUCUAACAGGCGUCCCAAAACUUUUGGCAAUAUAGUGUAUGAGACUCACAUGAACUGAAAACUACUGGAUAAAUAUCCAUUACAGCUCCUUUUCAGGAAGGAUUAUUGUUUGUUGUUUGUUUUAUGCCAGAUGAUUUUGAGCUGAGAGGUUUACCCCUGGGUUCUGAAAUCCACGUUCAAGAAAACAUAUGAAAAACAUAUAAAACAAAGCAAAAAAAAAAAAAAAAAAAAGAAUAGUUCAGAAACCAUGGCCAUGUGUGCAGCAGUGUUUUAUUGCAACCAGUUUUAUUAAUAUAAAGAGAUCCAGCUGAUGUCACAGUCCCUGACUUACAGAUCA